AUGGGCAUCCUUGCGGCCCUCUUCAGUAGUCUCUCGUCGUUGCUCCUCAAAUUCGUCGUUCUUUACUUCCUCGGCAAUGUUGUCUACCAACUAUUUCUCUCCCCGCUUCGCCACAUCCCGGGCCCGUGGUACGCGGCCAUCUCUGAGGCUUGGUUGACCUCGCACGUCUUCCGCCUACGGCAAUGCCGCGCGGUGCAGUCGCUCUUUGAAGUCUACGGCCCCAUCGUGCGCAUUGCACCAAAUAAGGUCGCUUACCGGGACGCAACCUCGAACAAGCGCAUCUACAACAAUAGCAAGUUCUCGAAGGGCAUAUUCUACAAGUCUCUUUUGACAAACGACAAUGACCAUGCAAUGUCAAUCCUCCCACAUGCCCAGCAUGCCGUCCGCAGGAAGUCCUUUGCACCCCACUACACGCCGUCCAACGUGGCCCUCUUCCAGCCGGAGAUGCGUGACUAUACUCUGGAAGUCGUCGAAAUACUCGAGCAGACUGGUGGCAAGGAGGCUGUAGAUGUCCUCCAUCUCUUCCGCGAGAUGCUCGUCGAUAUCAUCUGUGAAGCGUCGUUCAACUACAAAGUCGGCGCGCUCAAAGCACGGACCCGUGACGGUCAUCAACAUUACCUGGUUCGCGCGAUCGACGAUUUCCCGAAAGUCGGCGUCUUGCGCGGUCUUGUACCUGUGUGGGCAUGGGAAUACGUUUGCAACAUUCCCAACGACCGCUGGAAGGCGUUCUGCGACGCGGACAAGAUGAUCGCGAAGUUCAUUGGUGACCGUGUGCACGAAAAGCGCGCUGAGAUGAAGGACGGCAAGCUCGACGAGAUGGAGAGGAAACCACUGGUUCAACGCCUGCUCGAGUACCGUCUGCCUAGCGGAGAGCUGAUGCCGGAGAAGGACGUUGUCUCCGAGCACGAGGGUCACUUCAUCGCUGGGGUCGACACCACUUCUACCACGCUAUCUUUCGCGCUCUGGGAACUCAGCCGCCGCCCUGACGUUGCAAGGAAACUGCACGCUGAGCUCGAUGGUGCCAUGCCUGACCGGAAGACUAUCCCCGACAUCACCGUCCUUGAGAAGCUGCCAUACUUCAACGCCGUCAUCAAGGAGACCUUGCGUAUCUACGGUCCUGGCCCUUCGCUUCUUGAGCGUGUCGUCCCGGAAGCGGAGCCUUCGUUCGAGGUUCUUGGCUGCCACAUUCCUCCUGGCACGACCAUCGCCACUCAGUCUUGGUCGGUGCACCGCGACGCCUCAGUCUUCCCGUCCCCCGAGACCUAUCUUCCGGACCGCUGGCUGGACGCGGACGAGGAACAGCUCGCGGAGAUGACAGCACACUGGAUGCCUUUCGGCUCUGGCAUUCGCAUCUGCGGUGGUAUGGCCUUCGCUCUGCAAGACAUCCGCAUCGGCCUUGCGACGUUCGCGAGGAAUUUCGAUGUCACUGCGCCUCUGGAUGAGACGAACGACCGGACUAUGGAAGUUCGCGAUGCGUUUGUGUCGUUCCCGGCCGCGAUGCGCUGCAAGCUCAAGUUCCAUACACGCGCUCAGUAG